AUGGGAGAAUAUGAGCAAGCAGCCAAUUAUUUUCAACAUCUUUUAGCACAUAUGUCUGACGAUCAUGAAGAUCGACCCAAUGUGUAUUAUAGUGCGGCACGUAUUUAUCGAUUUACUAAUCAAUAUGAGAAAGCAUUGGAAUUUUUCCGUCGUGCCGAACUUUUACAACGUGCAAAACUACCUGAAUCUAAUUUUGAUUUAGCUCGAACUUUGGCUGGUGUUGCUAGUGUUUACUAUGAGUUACAAGACUAUCAACAAGAGUUAUUCUAUUAUCAACAAUCGAUGGAUAUUUACCAAAAAAUCUUACCUGAGAAUCAUAUCGAAAUUGCUCGUACAUUUAACCGUUUAGGAUUUGCCUAUGCAAAUCAAAAACAAUAUACUUUAGCAUUGAAAUAUCUAUCAAAGUCAUUAAUUGUUUACAAUCAUACAGUACCCGAAGUUCAUCCAGACAAAGCCUUUCUAUUAUAUAAUACAGGCUUAGUACAUCAUUUAUUAGGAAACAUUGAUGAAUCAUUUGAUUUUCAUGAAAAGGCAUUGAAAAUGCGUGAGACAACAUUACCACCUCAUCAUCCUUAUAUAGGUCAAUCAUGCUAUCAAUUAAGUAUAUUAUAUGAAGAGCAAUGUCAAUAUGACUUUGCGUUGGAAUAUGCUUAUCGAGCACUGAAUAUAUACGAAAAGAAACCAUCGAAUAAUCAUAAACUUAUAUACGAUGUUCAAAAUAUAAUCAAACGUCUUCAUAAUGAAUCGAACAUUCAAAUAUAA